GGCAGCGACGGCGCCGGGCUGCGGGAGCAGCGGCCGCGCCAUGUGGCUGCUGGGGCCGCUGUGCCUGCUGCUGAGCAGCGCCGCGGAGAGCCAACUGCUCCCCGGGAACAACUUCACCAACGAGUGCAACAUUCCAGGCAACUUCAUGUGCAGCAACGGGCGGUGCAUCCCUGGCGCCUGGCAGUGCGAUGGGCUGCCCGACUGCUUCGACAAGAGUGACGAGAAGGAGUGCCCCAAGGCUAAAUCGAAAUGCGGCCCGACCUUCUUCCCCUGUGCCAGCGGCAUCCACUGCAUCAUUGGCCGCUUCCGGUGUAACGGGUUUGAGGAUUGUCCUGAUGGCAGCGACGAGGAGAACUGCACAGCAAACCCUUUGCUUUGCUCCACUGCCCGCUACCACUGCAAGAACGGCCUCUGCAUUGACAAGAGCUUCAUUUGCGAUGGGCAAAAUAACUGUCAAGACAACAGCGACGAGGAAAGCUGUGAAAGUUCUCAAGAACCGGGCAGCGGGCAGGUGUUCGUGACCUCGGAGAACCAGCUCGUGUACUAUCCCAGCAUCACCUAUGCCAUUAUCGGCAGCUCCGUCAUCUUUGUGCUGGUCGUGGCCCUGCUGGCUCUGGUCCUGCACCACCAGCGGAAGCGCAACAACCUCAUGACACUGCCAGUGCACCGGCUGCAGCACCCCGUGCUGCUCUCCCGCCUGGUGGUCCUGGACCACCCUCACCGCUGCAACGUCACCUACAACGUCAACAAUGGCAUCCAGUACGUGGCCAGCCAAGCCGAGCAGAACGCGUCGGAAGUGGGCUCCCCGCCCUCCUACUCAGAGGCCCUGCUGGACCAAAGACCCGCAUGGUACGACCUCCCUCCGCCGCCCUACUCUUCAGACACCGAGUCUCUGAACCAAGCCGACCUGCCCCCUUACCGCUCCCGGUCUGGCAGCGCCAACAGCACCAGUUCCCAGGCAGCCAGCAGCCUCCUGAGUAUGGAAGACAGGGGCCACAGCCCGGGGCAGCCUGGCCCACAGGAAGGCACCACGGAGCCCAGGGACUCUGCACCCAGCCAGGGCACCGAAGAAGUAUAAAAUCCAGCUCUUCCAAAGUCCACAUGGAUUCAUCUUCUCUGACUUGUUACCAUCCUAACAACUUGCGCUCAUGGGAAGCUCCCGGGAUGCCUGGAGGAGUGAUGUGUGGGGUGUCAGCUGUCUCUCCGUUCACCUCCUUCCCCAGAUUUCAGGGAUGUUCUUUGGAGGGCGACCUGGCACUGUUCUGGCCUCUCAGUUGCCCUGAUGUAUGUGCAUCUUUUCUGGGCAGUUGCUCUUCCUUCGGGGCCCAGGAUCACAGCCUCACUCUCCACAUCAUUCUGUUCCUGCUGGAAUCUUGCUGAGUAGGUGGCCGGAGAGUGCGGUACUUAGGUAGCCCUUGAGAAAGCAGAGUUUGUGCCGUAUGGGGUGUUCAGAAGGGCAGAGGGCACUGGGCCAAAUUCUCUGUGGGCCGCUUCCUUAGAGCUCCACUUGGAGAUUUGGGUUGGGUGAUCCUACCAGGAGGCUGUCAUUGGAUGGCCACUCCGGAGGGAAUCCAGGGGAGCAUCAGACCCCGCCUUGCACUAGGCUGUUCAUUGCUCUGGGUCGGGGCCAAAGAACACUGUUGCCGUGAGUCACGCCCUUCAGAAGUCAACAGUGUCAUUUUGGUUUUCUGAAGGAGUCUGAAACCAUCAGGUCUGGAUAGAGUCUGGAUUUAAAAAUUUGUCCAAGAAUCCUCGUUUUGAGAGCUUUCUCCAGCAUCAUAUUAUCAUCAGCCUCAUCCCAGAAGAGGCAGGGAGCCCCACCAUGAGUUUAUCUGAGUUCUCAGCUCCUAAAAUACGGGCUGCCAAGAUCCUGGGUCUGCUUUGGUCCACAGUCCUUUCCCUGGUUUCUGGAUUGUCUCCCUCCCAGCUGUGACCUGCCCGUAAACAAGGGAUGAGUACUAAACCUGAGUUGCCCAGAAAUCUGAUCUGGCCCUUUGUCCCUGUAAGCCACACCCAGCCUGCCUUGCCUAUUCCUGCAGCUUCAACACUCGCCCCCUAC